AUGUCAGGACCGAACAGCGAUCAGGUGCAUCGAUCCACUUUGGGGGUCUAUAUGAACCUAAUGGAUCAGUUCAAUCCCGGCCUGCAGAAACUCGUGUCUCUAGGGCACAGCUAUGUUCAGGCUUUCCAAGCCCUUGCAGCGACCAGUGAGGCUUACUUCAGUGCCCUGGCGAAGAUGGGGGAGCAGGCUCUCCACAGCAUGUCCUCGUACCCUCUGGGGGACGUCUUGAUUCAGAUCUCCGACAGCCAGAGGAGGCUCACCGCCGAACUGGAAGGCGUCUUUCGGUGGUUUCACACCGAAGUGCUGCAGGAGAUGGACCAGAACGUCAAGCUGGACAAAGAGUACAUAUCGGGCAGCAGGAGGUGCUAUGAGAUGGAGGUGAGGAGCCAGGCGAUGGCCCUGCAGAAACAGCUGAGAAGAGGGGUCUACAGGGACGCGGAGGACAGCGGCGACUACCUGCAGUUCCUGCGGCAGAGCCAGCGCGAGGCCCUCGCGGAGGAGGAGCGGCGGUACCGUUUUCUCGCGGAGAAGCACUGCGGCCUCACCCAGUCCAUCCUGUACCUCAUGAACAAGGUCGAGGACUCGGUAACGGGAAUCUCUGCUCCUCCGCAGACGGCCGGGUCGCUGCAGCAAAAGGCCGAGCGAUGGAGAGACCGUGUGAAUGAGACCAGGACGGACAGGAUCCACACCCCUUCGCACCUUGACCAGGAGGCCGAGAUGAGAGCGAAAAAGGAGGAGGUGGAACAUUACUGGACUGGCAGAGAAGAGCAAUCAUUGGGCAAAGUGCCCUCUAGAGGGCCGUCUCCGCAGCCUAGCCGCUCCUCGGGGGGCUCUCUGCGUGUGGGAAGGCAAAUGCGAGCGCUGGUCCCCCACACGCACUCCUCCGAUCCCACGCUGCUGCCCUUCUCUCGGGGAGAGACCGUGACCGUGCUGGUGGAGAAGCCGCGCAACGGCUGGCUGUACGGCAGAGCGCAGGGGAGCUCACACCAAGGCUGGUUCCCUGCAGCCUACGUUGAACCCAUAGAAGACACGCCCAAAUCCACUGGCUCCAACAUCAGCACGCUCAGAAGCAGCCGCAGCAUGGGCAGUCUUCUCGAGCCGAGCCCUGGGAGCGGCCGAAAUGUGGCCCCGCCCCCUCCUCCGCCCUUACCGGACACGCCCACUGCAGGGAGGAGGGCGGAGUCUACCACCAAUAACAAGGCAUCUGUGUUCCAGGGACAGCCACCAGACCUUUUUCCCAGGGGAACCAAUCCUUUCGCUACAGUGAAGCUGAAGCCCACAGCCACUAAUGAUAGAUCAGCUCCUCGGUUUUAG